AUGGUAAAACCAUGUGUGGCGCACAGUGACAAGGCAAGCGAAUUUGAAGGAAGGUGCUUCCCCUCUGGUAUUAACAACGCGCUGUCAGCCUUCCAGUGGAGUGGAGACUUCGAGGAAAUGGACAAGCUCUUCAACGUCAGCAAGAGGGUGAUGGAUUCAAAGGGGCAGCCUGCGCUGCGCUGGAGCAAUAUCAUGAUGCGCCCCAUGAUCACGUUCACAGAAGUCAGGCAGUUCCCCGUUUGGGAGAGAGGGGACGACCCCAGCAUCGCCGAAGUUAUGGAUCUGUUGGAGCGCAACGUAGCCGUAUUCAAAUCGGAGCUCCAGGCCCUCAAACGAGGUGGUCACUUCAGUGCUGCGUACGACCACCUCGUGGGAAGAGGCACCUGGUCCAAGGUCAGCCUCUUUACAGACGGGCUGUGGAGCGAGGAGUUCUGCGCCGUUGCCCGCGAGUCGUGCCGGUUGCUGCGGAACGGACUGCCUGGAAGGAGCCGAGAGGUCCCGUACGCAGUGAUGAACCACGAGGAGGUCGUAUUUUUCUACUCUAGCCCUGGGUCCCGAGUGCUGCCGCACAACGGCGCGCAGAACGGGCGCAUCAACGUCCACAUAGGGCUGGAGGGCUUCGAGGCGUCGAGGAUUGUGGUCCACACAGGCAUCAACCAGACGCGAAGUCUCAGCUGGAGCGACUCGGAGGCCGUCGCUUUCAACGACGGAUGGAUACACGAGGUCGUGAACGGAGAGAGCGACGAGCGCUACGUGCUGGCUCUCGGCAUCAUGCACCCAGACAUCUGGCAAGGACGCGGGCGUCGCCAACUGGCUGGCCCUGGAGGCCGAAGCCGAAGGGGAAAGCCCCGGGAUGGAGCACAAGACGGGUCGUUGGGAAGCGGGGGUCGACUAGGUGUGAGAGUGACCUUUCGCUGGAGUGACCUUUGGUGCGGGCUCACUGGGAUCACCCCGAUCGCUGAGCGCGGUGCGACGGCAGCGGCCUGUGAGCUUAGGUUUGGCCCCCUCGCGCCCCCCAAAACCGCGCACCAAAAGGUCACUCUUGCCUAUCACUCUUGCGUGCGCAGUCAAACCGCAUAG